UUGAGCAGACACGAAUCGCGACGUAACUGACUGCGGUCCGUGUGGCCUGCUUGGGUUCAGUGAGUAAACAAUCGCGAAACGUGGAGGAAGUUUCGUCGUCUCGCGCUACACCUCAAAAUAAAUCUUUGGCGUCCUGUCUACCGUGAGUGACUAUUUUUUUCGGUGAUUGUUUUGAAAGAUGGUUUGCGGGUUUUCCCGCUGCUUAUGGUUUAUUGAAACUUAAAGCAUACACCGGUCGUCGGAAUCAAGUGCACAUCGGCGCCCCCUGGAGAGUACCGUGAAGAGGCCCGUCGCCACCUACUUACUUGUUUGUUUGUUGAAUAGUCGUUGAAGACGAAAAAUUGUGAAAUCCGGUAUAAUCAAAUGUGAAAAUAUUUCUGUUGUUGCGUGUUCGGUGGCGACAGACGUACGGAAACCUUCACGGGAACGUCAAGAGCCGGUUUCUAUUCAGCCGAUUUGGGACCUCAAUUGUUGUAGGGGUAGAAGAAACCCGAAGAAACAGUUGUAAAAGUGAUCAUUAACAUAGUUUUCUCGCCGAUGCUAUAUGGUGAAUACAGAAAGUGAAAAUAGUGGUGAGCAAAGAAACAACGCUUAAAAUCGAAUUAAGAUUUUUAGGGUGAUCUGUGAGACGGAGAAGAAAAACCUAGGAAACUGAAGCCGCCCUAAAUUAGCAUUGACGCGCGGAAGGCAGCAAGCGGUGACAUCGAAAUCGGGGAGUACUGUCACAGUACAGCUGACGUUUCGAGUCGUGUAAAACGUGGACGCACUGCAGACUUCAAAGUUUUCGAGCCCCAGCCGACUCUAUGAUCGCACGAUAGCAGCACCGUCCCCCCUUUUUCCCCCUGCGCCCAUUCAGAAUCACCCUGCCCCGGGAUGGACCAACUAGAGCUCGAGAUACGGAAAGAAAUUGAGGAACUGAACACGAGCGUGUCGCUCAUCGACCGGCUCGAUGCGGGUGACACAAUGGACGAGGAGAAGCAGCAGGAGUUGCUCUCCUCGACCAGAGCCGUGUUCGAAAACAUUAAUUCGAGUCACGCGAAAAACAGCCUGACGGAUUCACAGAUUUCGAUCAUUUCGAAGCAUGACGGUUAUCCAGAUACGGGACAUUUUUACGCUUCGCCAGCGAUACCGAUCACCCCGACAACCGACGGGAGUGGAUGUUUUGACAAACUGAGCGGAGGCGCUACGAUGCCGUCCGACGGUAGCAAAACUUUGUUGACCGACAACAGCGGUAUGAUGCGGGUUACCAGCGACACUAGUAGUAAGGACACCAAAGCAGGUUGUACAGAUGGCAACAAGUGCAAUAAAAAGGAGACCAAGAAGGUUGACAAAAAGAUGACGGCGAAGCAGAAGAAAAAGGCAGCAGCGGCAGCGGCUGCAGCGAAUCUAAAACUAGCCGGCCCCGAUCAUUAUUCUCCCAACGGUGGAAAUUCCUCUCUGGUCAGUUUCCUGUUUCCGCCGGGCUCUCCACAUUCGAAGAAAAAUAGCCUCCCUUCAACGGUGGUGCUCGGAGUAAUGCAGCUGUUGUUUGCCAUUGCACUAGCCGCCCUCGGUGGUCUGGUGCUGGCACGGAACGCGUCCCUGGCGCUUGCCGGUACGGGUCUGUGGUGUGGUGCCAUUGCCGGAAUUGCCGGCUCCCUCGGACUGAUGAAUGUCAAGAUGGCCAAGACGGGGUUCCUGGCGGUGAACUUAAUCUGCGUAGCGUCCAGCACGCUCGGCCUAGCUCUGACCGGGAUCGGUGCCGUACGGGACGCGAACCUGGCUCAGCAAGACGAGUCCAUUUGGUACGCAGUGACCGCCGGUUCCGGGCUGCUAGUCACGCUGGCAUUACACUUUCUCGUCAGUGUAUUCUCCGUGUACUACUCGGCGCUCAAGCUUUGUUCCAGACCCUCCCACAAGUCGCAGAUGAUGGAGAACAUGAUCAACAGCAGCUCACCGGGCUCGCAAGCAUUCCUGUCCCAGCAGAAAGUCGAAGACUACAUAAACUCGCUGCAGGUGGAUCCAUCCAUCAAGGAUAUGAUGUUUCAGACGAUGAUGAACCGCGGCUACGGAUCCGUGUACGGCGAGAAACACCGCACCGACACGUUUAGCAACGGAACGGGAACAGGCUCGAGACCGGUUAUGCUAGUUCCUGCCUGCGCUGGCAAUGGGAUGCCGCAAAUGUUACCCAUGUACUCAACACCUCCACCUCCGGCGAUGUAUUCCCCUAAUAUGAUUCCACCGGGCGUUCACCAAUAUCCUCCGAUGUAUCCGGAAAGUGCCCUGCUAGAGGCGCACAUGGCACGUGUUAACCGAAGACGCUCAGUACGGGCCAAUUCCGAACAGAGUCUUACACUGCCGGAGGAACAUCGCCGUCAACGUCACCACCGAGGAGAUGAUUCCAGACAGCAGGAGAAAACAUUCACCUACACCGGACUAGAUCGGGAUAUUGCCGAUAGCUACCUUGCGAAGGAGGAGGAAAAGUUAAACAGUAGCAGCAUAGUCAGCUCCGGUGGAGCUUCACACCCUCCCGCUCAUUCCGGUCCAGAACAGAGCGAUUCUCACCAGACACCUCCACUAACCUACCACCACGAUCUGAUGCUGAUCGAUCAUCGGCACCACUUCGAACGGUACAACGAUGUUCAUAUGUAGAGUGAAGGAAGGAACAACGGAGCAUUCACUAGCCACGUAAGUAUUGGACACAAACGCAACCCUGCUCAAGUUGAUUUUAGUGCAACCUAAGAAAACAUUAUUUCUUCAUAUUUCUUGUGUAUAAAUCG